UUUCAAGGUGUCGUAGGCUUGUCCCGAGAAGGGGAUGGCAGCGAAGCGGUGCUUUGUGGUGUUCGACUUGGGCGGUGUUCUUUUCGGCUCCGGUGUACAGGGAGCCUUCCGGCGCCUCGAGGGGUCUCUGGGCCUGCCCGGUCGCUUCUUCCAAGAUGUCUUUUUGCAAGGAGGGCAGGAUGGGCCUUUCUCCAGAGCAAUGCUUGGUCAAAUUGGACUGACUCAGCUUAUGGGAGAGUUAGACGAAGAUUGCAAGAAGGUGGCGGCUGCCUCUGGACUCUCCCUCCCAGACAAGUUCUCUGUUGCUCAGGGUUUUGAGGCCAUGACAAAUGAAGAAUUACUGGACUCGCCUCUUCUGCGGGCUGCCCUGACUCUGCAAAACAAUGGUUUCAAGAUUGCUGUCCUUACAAACAACUGGAUUGACGACAGCCCCCAGCGCCACAGAACAGCACUUGUCCUCUGUCUGCUGCGGAAGUACUUUGAUGCAGUGAUUGAAUCCUGUCGCAUUGGCCUGCAGAAACCAGAUCCCAAGAUCUAUGAGUAUACCCUGGAGGUGCUGAAGGCAAAAGCUCAGGAGGUGAUACUUCUGGAUGACAUUGGUGCCAACUUGAAGCCUGCUCGGGAGAUGGGAAUGGCCACCAUCCUUGUGCGAGAUGCUGACUCUGCGCUAAAGGAGCUGCAAGAUUUGACUGGGAUUCAGCAUCUUGGCCAAGAAAGCUUGCCACCCCCCUGUGAUCCGGAAAAUGUAACCCAUGGCUAUGUGACGAUCAAGCCUGGAACCCAGCUGCACUUUGUAGAGCUGGGUAACGGCCCUCCAGUUUGUCUCUGCCAUGGCUUCCCAGAAUCCUGGUUCUCUUGGCGUCACCAGAUCCCAGCACUUGCUGAUGCCGGCUUCCGUGUCCUAGCCUUGGAAAUGAAAGGCUAUGGGGUCUCCACAGCUCCACCAGACAUAGAAGAAUACUCCCAGCAAGAAAUAUGCAAGGAUCUGGUGGUCUUCCUGGACAAACUGGGGAUUUCCCAGACAGUCUUCAUUGGCCAUGACUGGGGUGGGGCCAGCGUGUGGAACAUGGCACUCUUUUACCCCGAAAGAGUAAGGGCAGUGGCCAGUCUAAAUACACCCUUCAAGCCUGCAGAUCCUAAGGUGGAUGUAAUGGAAUUGAUCAGAUCUAUGCCGGUCUUCGAUUAUCAGCUCUAUUUCCAAGAACCUGGUGUGGCAGAGGCUGAACUGGAAAAGAACCUGAGAAGGACUUUCACCGUCAUGAUCCGGACAACUAAGAAAGAGGAUCAGCUGCCAGGAGUUUCUCUUAGUGUCAGCAAUGUACGAGAACGAGGAGGACUUCUGGUGGGACUUCCUGAAGAUCCACCCCCAAGUUCCCUUUUGCCAGAGCCAGUUCUCCAGUAUUACAUCCAGCAGUAUCAGAAGUCUGGAUUCAGGGGCCCACUGAACUGGUACCGGAACAUGCAGGCGAACUGGACCUGGAACGCCUCUGCACAAGGCAGAAAGAUCAGAGUGCCUGCUUUGAUGGUCACCGCUGGGAAAGACAAAGUUCUGCAUCCAAAUAUGAGCAAGCGUAUGGAAGAAUGGAUCCCUCAGCUGACCCGUGGCCACAUUGAGGAGUGUGGACACUUCACACAGAUGGAGAGGCCUGCAGCUCUGAACAAAAUCCUUAUUGAAUGGCUGAGAGACGUUCACAAGAAUGCUUCUCUGCAAACAGCUGCCAAGCUCUAAGCAGGACUCCCAGCACCCAUCCUGCUUGAAUCCUCACUGGCUGACUCUGGAGACUGCAGGGGGGGGGCAGGGAUGAUAGAAAAUUGUUCUGUGAAAGCACUGGAAGUUGCAUUGUUAUUUUCGUAUAUAUGGUAUGCACAAAUCUGCCUAUUUAGUGCCUUUUAAUCCCUCCCUCCCUCCAAGGAGCUCGGGGUGGCAUGAACAGUUCUCCUUUGCCUCUUUUGUCCUCCUUAUCCCAGCAACCCUGGAAAGCAGGUGAAGCUGAGACAGAGUUACUGGCCAAAUUUGCCCAGCAAGGUUCAUGGCAGGGGCAGAGGAGCAGGAACUGGGAAUUCCAGAUCCUAGGCUGAUAACUCUGCCUGCUGCACCACACCGACACUCAAAACAGAGCAAAGGGCACUUGCCCUCUCCGUGACCGCAAAGAACAACGACGUUGGAUCCAUUCACAGAUCUCCAGAUAUCACAUCUAGUUUGCCCUGGACUCAGAGUGGAUGUCUUUCCCAGCCCUUUCACCAGUGACACUUUAGCCAGUGCUACCACUAAGCUACAAAGCUCACUGGGUGACACUGGGCCUGUCACUUUCUCUCUGCCUGUCCUACCUCACAGAGUUGUCGUAGGGACAAAAUCUAAGAUUGGAGAAUCAUGAGCUCCUUGAAGCAAGAGUGGAAUAAAAAAUGUGCCAAAGGAGGCUGGAUCUCUGUAAGCAUGUGGGGGAACUGAGAACGUGGGUAUUAAAUGCAGAACUGAGCUUCUGGCAAACCUCGGCUCUUUGAAAAGUUUCUCGCACUUAAUGGCAGCAGGGAAUCUUUUUGAUGGUAGGAGUAAUUUGUGUUUGAUAUCUCAGGAGUCAAAGAAAUUCCCAAAGGUUUCUAGUAACCUGGGAUCGGAUACUUGUGGUUCCUGCAAAGCUCCUUGUCUAGAAGGAUCAAAACAUGCACACAAGUGGGUAUGACUAUGUAGGUAGCAGAAUUCAGCUUUUCCUUGGCACAGAAUUCGGUUUCCAGAAUCUUUAUGUACUGUCCAGCUUUAACGGGAGAUGCCAGGCCUUAAGUCUGGGGCCCUCCUUGUAUGCAUAAAGCAGACAGGCCUCCCUGCGCAGUUGCUCCCAAGUGCCUGCAGAAUCUGGCACUUUCUGGGCGUCUGGGUUUUUCAUUACCAGCAAGUUCCUGCUAACUGCUUUUAUUGCUAAUAAAGUAUUUUUCUUCAGAAGA